AUGCAUUUAUAUGCUAUUUUUCAAGCAUUGUUCUGGUUGCUGACAGUUGAGAAAUCGAAAGGAAUCUCAAGUCCUAUUCCACCAUUUACUACAUACAAGCAUUCGACUGAACUCCAAGCGAAUGUUGCCGAUCUUUGGUGGACAAUCGACGAUGCCGAACGAGAGAUUCUCUUCGAAAUGCAUGUCAAGACAACAGGCUGGAUCGCUUUGGGUAUCAGUCCAGCUGGUGGAAUGACGGGCUCCGACAUUGGCGUUGGAUGGGUCGACAGAGCGGGAACUCUUCAUUUUCAAGAUCGAUAUGCACGUAAUUUCUCGAAACCAAGCAUAGAUAGUACAUCAACUGAUUGGAUUGGUCUCCGAGGUCGUGAAGAAAAUGGAUGGACAGCUAUUCAAUUCAAACGUUUGCUCGAAACAUGUGAUGAUAUGGAUGUGUCAAUCAAGCUAGUAGAAUAUCCGCAAGAUGUUGGCUAUCCUAUUGGCGGCGAUUUUCCAGUUAAAUACUAUAUGAUUCAAAUACAUUUUGACAAUGCUCAUGUAGAAACGGGCCGUCAUGACAGCUCUGGUAUUCAGUUUUAUAUUGGCGAAGAACUUCGUCAAUAUGAUGUUGGCUAUCUAACAUUGGGUACAGAGUCAAAUCCGGGCGCUAUUGUUAUUCCACCACAAGCAAGUGAAUUUGUAGUCGACGCCUUUUGUACACCUAAAGCUACUGAAGUACAACAAAUAAUUUUAAUCAAUUUUGACAUCUUUAUUCUUUUUUGUUUGCUUUAG